AUGAAUCGCUAUCAUCCGAUUUCUUUUCACCACGUCCCAGACCGCACCCCGACUCAUAUUAAGGCGGUGCAUGUCCACGAGGGCGAUUGGGAUUGUCAUGACACCUUCAAAUUCUGGAUCUACACCUGUGAGUGGAAGCUGGAGGUGUUCAAGGAGAGAGUGGAGUACGACGGUGCCAAGAAAAAGGUGAAGUUCAAUGGGCUGGAGGGGGAUGUGAUGAAGCUGUACAACGUAAUCUAUGAAUUUGUGGCCAAGGAGGACGACAAUGGCGAGGGGAAGCCGCAGGGGGUGGCCAAACUGACGAUUGAAUAUGAGAAGCUGAAACCAGAAGUGCACAUCACUCCACGCUUUCUUUUAUUUAUUUUAAAUAAAAGUGAUAACGAGGUGGAAAUGAAAUGCUAA